AAAACCCCCCUUCUCCCAACCCAAGGACACCCGUCAAGUCCAAGCCAACGCCAGCCGAGACGCUCCGCUCGCUGCCGGCGACGACGUGCUAACCAAGGCUUCUCGCCUCGCGCUCUCCGCCCGGACCCCCGAGGGCAGGGCGACCAUGGCGGCGACCCGCCUCCUCCUCCUCGGAGUCUUCGCCGCCGUCCUCUUCCUCCUCCUCGCCGGCGCCGCGCGCGGGUUCUACCUCCCCGGCGUCGCCCCCGCCGACUUCCGCAAGAAGGACCCCCUGGCCGUGAAGGUGAGCCAGCUGAGCUCCACCAAGACGCAGCUGCCCUACUCCUACUACUCCCUCCCCUUCUGCCGCCCCGACGCCAUCGUCGACAGCGCCGAGAACCUCGGCGAGCUGCUCCGCGGCGACCGCAUCGAGAACUCCCCCUACCUGUUCGAGAUGAGGGAGCCUCGGCUUUGCCAGAUCGUCUGCAGGACGGCGCUGACCCAGGAAGGGGCCAACGACUUCAAGGAGAAGAUCGACGACGAGUACCGCGUCAACAUGAUUCUCGACAACCUCCCCCUGGUCGUCCCAAUCAAGAGGCUGGAUCAGGAGGCGGCCACCGUCUACCAGCACGGCGUGCACGUCGGCAUCAAGGGCCAGUACUCCGGGAGCAAGGACGAGAAGCAUUUCAUCCACAACCACCUGACGUUCCUGGUCAAGUAUCACCUGGACGCCAAGACGGAUCUUGCUAGGAUCGUCGCCUUUGAGGUCAAACCAUACAGUGUUAAGCAUGAAUAUGACGGCGAUUGGAAAGGGAACUCGACGCGCCUCAAGACCUGUGAUCCGCAUGCCAGGCGCCUCAUUGUCGACUCGGAUUCUCCCCAGGAAGUGGAGGCCAACAAAGAGAUCAUCUUCUCCUACGAUAUCAGCUUUGAGGAAAGCGAUAUCAAAUGGGCGUCGCGCUGGGACACGUACCUCCUGAUGACGGACGACCAGAUCCACUGGUUCUCCAUCAUCAACUCUCUGAUGAUCGUGCUCUUCCUGUCCGGGAUGGUGGCCAUGAUCAUGCUGCGGACGCUGUACCGCGACAUCUCCAAGUACAACCAGCUGGAUACCCAGGAGGAUGCGCAGGAGGAGACCGGGUGGAAGCUCGUCCAUGGCGACGUCUUUAGGCCACCGGCCUACUCCGAGCUGCUCUGCGUGUACGUUGGCACGGGUGUCCAGUUUUUCGGCAUGCUGCUCGUCACCCUGCUCUUCGCCAUCCUUGGGCUGCUCUCGCCGUCAAACCGGGGAGGGCUCAUGACGGCCAUGCUCCUCGUCUGGGUCUUCAUGGGUGUGCUCGCCGGGUACUCCUCGGCACGCCUCUACAGAUUGUUCAGGGGGUCAGAGUGGAAGAAGGUCACGAUCAAGACGGCGUGCAUGUUCCCUGGCAUCGUGUUCGCCAUCUUCUUCGUCCUGAACAUGCUCAUAUGGGGCCAGAGGUCAUCUGGCGCCGUGCCGUUCACCACCAUGUUCGCGCUGGUGCUCCUCUGGUUUGGCAUCUCCGUGCCGCUGGUCUUUGUCGGGAGCUACCAUGGGUUCAAGAAGCCUGCCAUGGAGGACCCGGUCCGGACAAACAAGAUCCCACGGCCGAUCCCGGAGCAGCCAUGGUACAUGCACCCCGUCGUGUCGGUGCUGAUCGGCGGCGUGCUCCCCUUCGGUGCGGUGUUCAUCGAGCUCUUCUUCAUCCUGACCUCCAUCUGGCUGCACCAGUUCUACUACAUCUUCGGCUUCCUGUUCCUCGUCUUCCUCAUCCUGAUCCUCACCUGUGCCGAGAUCGCCAUCGUGCUCUGCUACUUCCAGCUCUGCGGCGAGGACUACCAGUGGUGGUGGAGGUCCUACCUGACGGCCGGCUCCUCAGCAGUGUACCUCUUCCUGUACGCCGCCUUCUACUUCUUCACCAAGCUGGACAUCACCAAGGUGGUCUCCGGCGUGCUCUACUUCGGCUACAUGCUCAUCGCCUCCUACGCCUUCUUUGUCCUCACCGGCACCAUCGGCUUCUGCGCCUGCUUCUGGUUCACCAGGCUCAUCUACUCUUCUGUCAAGAUCGACUAGAACCUAAACUAGCAUUACAAGAUUGGUUCCGAGUGACCACCAGAGAUGUAAUAGAGUAGUAGGCAGGCAAAUCAGCUCUGCUUCUUCAUCCGUUUAGGGGAUUCCCAGUUACACUACAGUAAAUGGGUGAACUUCUGGUGUGUUGAGCUUACAUGUGUAUCUUUAGUUCCUUACGUUACAUACAGCACAGCUAGCUCCUUGAACUCUGAUGGUAAUUCAGUGUUUCACAGAAUUUAACCAGAUUCAGUAAACAAGACACUCUGUUGAGUGAAAUUCA